UGUUCAAAUUCUUUUAAUUGUAUUUAGAAUUGAGUGUACACUGGUACACGCUCAAUUCAAUUAGAACAAUAAGAAUGAACGCUCAUUAUAAUUGUUCUCCAAUUCUUGAUAAGUAAAACUACCAUAUAAGCAAUAAAAAAUUAUCGCCCAUAUCACUGCAGCAAGUCCCAAUACUGAUAUCGUAAAAACUCUUUCUUCCAAACCGUUUAUCGAUCACUCGUCAUCUACUCGAAUCAUGUCAUUUCUAAUAAAUCAUAAUGGAACGUAGUACAUACCAUGAAGAAAUGCACUAAAUUUUAAGAACAUAUCUAUAUGAAUAAAUGUAAUUUUCAUGUCACAAAAUUUAAGCACAGCGAUUACGUCUUUUCGAACGACAUCCAAAACCUAUAGAUGCGUGAUGUAAACCCAAACGUUUGGUUUGCAAACCAAAAAGUUACGUAGGGUCCAAUAACUUGGAAUUAUUUAAUUAAGCAUUAUAUUUACGAGUUUCUCGUAAAUCAAGGUCUAUUUUCCAGAGACACGUUUCCUGCGUAUACAUUCUUCCAAGCCCUUUAUAACCUCCCAUUGUUUUUAAUUUAUGACGUUUUCAAUUAUUCAAAGUGUUUCGUUAUUUGCAAAAUAUGUAUAUAUGUACAUAGGCUCUGAUUGAUUGCCUUGUCACUUCUUACACUCGUAUUGGACCUGAAACAACUUUUCCAGCAACAUGUUGUCCAUGAGGAGAGUUUCCAUUUUUUUCUUUGUGGUGCUAUCCAUUGUUCAAAAUUCCGAAUGUGGCAAGAAGAAGAAGAAGUUCGAUGUCAACAAAUUUAUUGAAGAACACUCGACCUGCAAUGGAGAAACCCCUGCCCUCCCCAUUGACUGGAUUCCCAACGCCAUUGCUGCUGCCACAAAAUGCUUGGAUAUCACCGAUGAAUAUUGUGCCAAACUUUGUUUGGCCUACAAUUAUGACGGAUUUAUUGUGAACAAUAAACUUGACACGAAAUGGCUGAAGGGUAAAGCCAAAGAGUUAAGCGUUAGUAAAGCCAAUGAAAACGCAAAGCAAUCCAUCGUUGUAGCUGUAGACGGUUGUGCGAAGCCUAAUCCUGCAUAUACAAGGCCAACAGAAAAUACUGAGGAAUGCCCAGAAUGGCAAAAAUUUGAUGAUUGCAUGGACGACGCGUUCAAAGUUGCUUGCAAAGGGAAAAAACCAAAAGUCAGCGAUGAUUUCUUGGACUAGAGUACACACCUAAUAAUAAAUAUAUCCACAAAAUUAGUUAUAUCUUUAUAGUGCAAUUCAUAUACGGGUUUCCACUUAUUUGACUUGAUUAACCUUUAGAAAUUAAUAGUGGCAUUACACUUAUGUAACUAGACAGCCGUAUUUGUUUGUGAACUAAUUUGAAUAAAGGAAGAGAGCAUUGGUUAUUUUCUGGUGAAGAUUCAUAGUUUUUAGCAUUUUAUAAGAGGAACCACGGCUUACUAAUUAAGCACUUCCAAA